GACAGCAGAGGAGUUAGGAUGGCAGAGCUGUGGGCAUCUCCGUUCGUUUAUAAAUAAAGAAAUAGGCCUGUGUUCAGGCAGAAAUCAGUGACACCGAUCGAUCAGCCCGUUUUAAUUGGAUCUGUAAGUCAUGCGCUCGUUGAUUUUGUCGUUAUAUGCGCUGAUUUCACUGAAGAAUGGGAUCACGUCUGCGGAGUUCACCCCGACUGGACACUCCGUGCAUAUCAAUGACGGGAACUUUUCAGACGGGGAUCACAUGAAACAAGAGUCCAUUCAGAUCCAACAACAAGUGCUGGAGACCCGUUCAGGUUCUGCCUUUAACCUAAAGGUUCAGGUCAACAGUGUGCUGAGCCGUCAGUUUCUCAGCCAGGCAACAGUGGAGGUGUACAUCAACUACACCAGGACCAACACAGCUCUUACAGUGGAGGACGGUGGGGUUUUGCUGAAUAUACCGUACCAAGAUGGGAUGCCUAUCACCAUCGUGGCCAGCAAAGAUGGCUACAUGCACACACUGCUGCCGUAUAAAGCCAGCAGAAUGCCAUUGUUUUCAUCUGUGACCGUGUUACUAUUAAGGCUCAACCAGGGGAACAUCUGGCUCUUUGAAGAUUUGGUCAAGAUCACUGGAAAAACUUCUGAUGAUUCAUCGCAGCCUGUAAUCCAGUUUCCAAAGAGCCUUCUGAAUCUGACAGACAGCAGUAACAUCACAGCUGUUAAAGCCUUCCUGACCCUCCCCAAGCUGCCAUCGAAAGAUGACAACUUCCUGAACACUGUGGGCAUCAUGAGCAGCAAAACAGGAUAUGUCAGUGUGGAGUUGAGUCCGGUGGCGGCUGUCAGCGUGCAGCUUUUCUCAGGAGACACAGAGUUACAUGUGAGUGGGCCGGUACAGAUCAGCCUCAGCCUUCCUGACAGCUGUGGACUUCAGAGCUCAAACACUGUUCCUGCAUGGUUCUUUAACCACACCACUGGCGGAUGGAUGAGAAAAGGACUGGGGUCAGUGGUGUCAGUAGAAGGAAAACUCAUGUGGACAUUCACAGCUCCUCACCUUGGUUACUGGAUAGCUGCACCUCUUUCUCCCAUCAGAGGUUUCUUUGGACUUGCCAUCCCCAUUGACUUCAUCUUGCGUCAUUCAUUUGUCCUGAUGGUAAUUCUUGGAGGAACUCUCCUAAUUGUCAUCUCUCUUCUGGUCGGGUUAUUGUUUUGUCGCAGAAGUUCAUCCAGGGAAAUGAAAACAAAGAAGAUCCUCCAAGUGAUGAAAAAAGACCAAACCACCUCUACAAGUGAUAAUAAUAUUUUUGAAGUAUCUUCAGAGGACUCUUGUUGUACACAGGAUAGACUGAACCAGUCCUUCACAGAGAGAGGGGAUAAUCUGCACAAUGCCUCUGUUAUCUCCAUGCACAAUGGCAAUGUAAUCUCCAACCCCGGUGCAGUGGCCAUUGCUGUUGAGUGCAAUGAACUGGAUCUCAACACCACCUCCCUGACAGAUAACUUGUUUUUCUACAACCAGCCUGUUGCCAUUCUUCACACUCCGGCGUUCUUCCAUUUGGAGGAACAACCAGAGCAGCUGCAGUGGAGCAAGUCAGCCACUCUCCCCCGUGCUGGGGCUUCAAACGGUGCUGCAGCUGAGCCGCCAAGGAAAGACAGCUUCACACAGACUCUGCCAAAAGGUCCCUCUACCCCCCAGAACCAAAGGGCAGAAAAUGAGGUAGAGCUUGGGGCUCCAGAGAGCUCUCAGGUGGAAACGUCCACCGGCCCAUCCAGGAGUAACUUCAGUCUCCCAGAGUCAGCAUCAGUCCCUGGAACAUUAAGCCAAAUGGUAGGCAGCAGACACUCCAUGCAUGCAUUUGCAGAUCUUUCUAAAAUCCCCUCCCUUCAGCCUCCUCGGGCCUGGUUUGUAUCACUGGAGGGGAAGCCUGCAGCUGAGAUCCACUAUGCUGUGACAGAGCAGCAGAGGAGACGGAGGCCGGCGGACAGCAGAGAAACCAGCUUAGACUCAGGAGUGGACAUGAGCGAGCUGAACCAGACGUCUGGAAGAAGGGCUGUAACGCUGGAGCGCAAUAAUACUUUUGUAAAAAGCACAUCCAGCAGUAAAUACAUACAACCACAAUAAAACAAACUCUGAGUCUACUGCUCACAUCUUAAUACUACGGUCCCAAUCUAAGUGAAGAAAACAGUCCCAUGCCUACCACAAAUGUCCCAUGCCAUCCAGACUAAGUUGCUAUGGUUGUGGCAACUCCUCCCUCCUUUUUUUACAACUGUCCAAUCCCAAACCUGCUCAGUCUUGAAGGUGUGUUCCUGGUCAGUGUGUAAGUGUUUAAGAAGAUAAGAUAAGAUAAGAUAAGAAGAUAAGAAAGUCCUUUACUAGUCCAACAACGGGGAAAUUCAAGUGUCACAGUAGCAAGUAGACAGUGCAAAAAAUGUAUAUAAAGCAAACA